GAUACUAGUUGUGAUAAUGAGGGAGAUGAUGGAAAAAAAAAUAAAAUGAAAACAUCCAUAGAUAUGGGUUGUUAUAUAAAUUCAUCUAUUGUUGUAAAUAAUAAUAAUGGUGAUGAAGAGAUUUAUGAAGGUGAUACAGAUAUAGAGGUUAGUGAUUGCGAUCAAAGUUUUAGUACACAACAAGAAUGCGAUCAACCAGAUGAAUUUGCACCAACUCAGGUUUUAGAUGAUGACUCAUAUGAGCCACAACAGUUUUAUCGAAGUGAUAGCAUGUCAAGAUUUAAUGGGGUUUCGAGUAAUAGACUCGAUGAAAAUGUAGAUAAAAAUAUAAAUAAAAUAUUUAAUAGUCAAUCAUUCAUAAAUGAUAGUAAUAAUAGUGUAAAUAAUAAUAACAACAACAACAAUAAUAACCAAAUCAAUUUUAGGCAAUUGGUUAAAUUAAAAUCAACAUUAAAAAACUAUGAAAUACCAUAUAAAGAGUUAAUAAUGGAAAAAGAAAUUGGCAAGGGAUUUUUUGGUAAAGUCUAUAAAGCGAGAUGGCGUGGUAAAAGUGUAGCAAUAAAAAAGAUAACAUUGACAAGAUUUAGGGAUUUAUCAGAACAGGAAAUAUUUGACAAAGAGCUAUCAAUUAUGAGCAAACUAUGCCAUUCAAAGUGUGUAAUGUUUAUAGGUGCCUGUUCCCUGGAUACAUCAAAUAAGUGUAUAGUAAUGGAAUAUAUGGAGGGUGGUAGUCUAAGGCCAUUAUUAAACGAAUUUUUAGAAAAUAAAAAGCAAAGAGAGGAAGAAGACUAUGACGAAGAAUGGGAAGAGGAGAGUGAUAAUGAAGAGUUUGAAAAUUUCCAGAAACAGUUUUUAGUUCCCCCACCACUACAAUUAAGCAUUGCACGUGAUAUUGCAGAGGGGAUGAACUAUUUACACACAAAUUUCUCUGACCCAAUUAUACACCGAGACUUAACAAGUAGUAAUAUAUUGUUGGACUCAAAAUAUACAGCAAAGAUCAACGAUUUUGGGCUAUCAAAAGAAUUAAAACCUGGUCCUAGCCAAAUGACAGCUGCAAUGGGAUCACUUGCUUGGAUGGCACCCGAGUGUUUCAAAGCUGAAAAGUAUAGUCAAAAGGUUGAUAUUUAUUCAUAUGCAAUCAUUCUUUGGGAAUUAAUUACAUGUCGUGAUCCAUAUAAUGGUAUGGAGCCUUUACAAAUGGCAUUUUUAGCGUCAGUAGAGGAUUAUAGAUUACCUUUAGACGAUAUACCCCAAUAUUGGUCCCAAUUAAUUACAAAGUGUUGGCAUAGAGAUCCUUUACAACGUCCUUCAUUCUCUGAAAUAUUACAAUUUUUAGAUCAAAUUGAACAAAAUCAAGAUUAUCAAAAUUUAAAUCAAAUUUAUAAUAGUUAUAAAAAUAAAUUAAAGAGCAAUAGGAAUAAUAAUAGUAAUAAUGAUAAAUCAAUAAAUAAUAAUAGAGGUAGUGGUAGUGGAGGGGUGGGGUAUUAUGCAAAAAGUAAUAAUGGAGGUAGUAAUAAUAAUAUAUCAUACAGUACAACCGAUAUAGAUAAAGAUAUAGGUGAUGAUAGUAAAGCUGAUAAAUUAUUUUCAUUAAAUCAAAAUAGACAAAAAACCUUUAUAAUAGGUAGUCCUCAGAAAUCAACAUCAGAACCAACACUAAUUCCAUCAAAUAUCAAUAAUAAUAAUAAUAAUAAUAAUCAAAAUAAUAAUAAUAAUAAUAAUAAUAAUAUAUGUGAUAUAAUAAAAAAAAUCAAAUUUAUAGAAGAGAAUAAAGCAUUUUUAAUAUCAUACCACGAUAAUAGUUUAAUUAAAUAUUUUAAUAUAGAAAAUAAUCAAUUUUAUGGAUCUUUAAGAAUUGAAAAAUCAAUUGUAGAUAUGAAGUAUCAAGUUAUAAAUAAUAAAGUGUUUUUAGCUGUAGCAACAUCAAAUAACAAUUCAAUUUCAAUAUUUGAUUUAUCAAGUGUGGAGAGUUCCCAAGUGUUACCUGAAGAUCAUGUAAUAAAUCCAAUUAAGACUUUCCAUUGUGAUCCAACACACACCAUCAAUUCAAUUACAUGGAAUUCUCAAAAUAUAAUUACCGCAUCAAAGGAUAAAACUAUAAAGAUUUGGGAUGUCGAAAAUAGUAAAGCUCUUUCGACUAUGGACCAUGGUGGUGUGAAUGUAUUGUCCAUAGAUUCACAGUCAUACCAACCUUUGAUGUGUUCGGGUGGCGAAGAUGGUAAAAUUAAAUUAUGGGAUCUUCGUAAUGCUCAUUGUUUCCGUACAUUUGGUAAUCAACCAGGUGGUAGUAAUGGUCCCAUUACAUCAUUGGUUAUUAGAUCUCCUCAUACCGACCCAGUUUUAUUUAGUGGCUCUUCUGAAAAUAGUACCCUCAAAGUAUGGAAUAUGUACAGUUCAACUUGUUUGGACUCAUUUAGAUCCCAUAGCAAGGAUUUAUUAGAUAUUCAUAAUAACAAUUCAAUUAAUAGAUUAGUAGCUUUUUCAUCUGAUGGUUUAGUUUCAUUUUAUGAUAAUAAUAAUUACCACAUAAAUAAUAACCAUAUCAACAAUAAUAAUGAACAUCAAUCAGAUGAAUCAAUUAGUUUUAUAAAAAAUAUGACACUAAAUAAUAUAGAUUCAAAUAAUCCUUUACAAUCAGCUCAAUUAAUAUCUAAAAAUACAAUAGUUUAUUCUUCAAAUAAUAAAUUAUAUUCA